AUGUCCGUGUCUCUUAACGUGUUGCUCGAUGUUCGUAAGCCGGAUCAAGGGCUUAUUCAGGUGGUGGAGGCGGCGGGCUUGCUGCUGGGGAUCGAGAACACGGGUGAAAGUCAAAGUCCUGAGGCACCUGUCUAUAGGACCCUGCAAGCGGGCUUCGCCUCUGCUGGAAACAUCCGCGGCUCGCCGGGGCUAGCGCCGCCAUGGGCAACAAGUAAAAGCAGCGCCUUCGCCAGCGGCGGAAGAUCCCCCGCUGACCAUCACCACACGGGAAGCCUCCAAGGCGGUUUCGCCGAUGGCACCAGGGUGCUACCCUCGGGGUCUAAGACGGAGAACGCCUGGAGCAGCAGCGGCGGCAGCGGCAGCAGCAGCAGCGCGGCCGUUGGAGGGGCGGCAAAGAGUGAGGCCGACGAAGUCGUGCACGCGCUGAAGCUUGCCGUCGUGGGCGUGACGCGGCGAUUGAUGGACGAGGCGCGUCUUCUUCCCCUGCAGAACCGAACGACGGCUGUACUGGUCGACGGCAGCCGGAUGUCGCUCCUGGCGCUGGAGCUCGCCGGGGCCACCUGGAAGUUUGGCAGGUUUGUGGUCGUCCACGUCAGCGGAGAGAAGGACCCGAGCGAGACGACCCACGGCUACGACGAAGAAGGCUGCGGUGGCGGGGAAGGCUUUUCCGGUCGCCGCGAUGGGCCAGAGCACGAAGACGGGACAACGGAGAUGGGGCGAGAAGGCGGGGUCAGGAGUCGCGGCGCAUGCGAGGACGCCGGUGGCGGUGGCGGUGGCGGUGGCGGUGGCGGCGGCGACGGAGGGGGGGAGAGGCGCGGGCGGUGGCACCCGGGCUUCCUGGAGGCCGAGCUGCGAGAGACGUGCCUCCGGCAGCUAGAGAUUCCGGAAGAGUCUCUCGAGCUAGUGUUCCGAUCGCUCCCCCCAGAUUCCUCGGGCAACGUUGACGAGGUCACCAAGGCCAUUGACGCCACCCUUGCGGAGCGCGGAGUCGAGGUGGUGUACAUGGGGUGCUACGGGCGUCGGGGCCCCCGUGUGUUGCAUUUCGGGACGGUGGCGCAUUGGGCGCUGGAGCAAACCCCUUACCAGGCAAGCUGCGGGUUUUCCACGCACCACAGCACCGUUUCUCACAUGUUGGACAAGCUUUUACCCCUGGUGUCCCCUCGAGACUCCGUCGUCUUGGUUCAUAUCGUGGACGAGAGCGCGGAGGACGUGAUCGCCGGGGAGGUGGCGGACAUCGAGCAGGUGAGGAGCGACCUACUGUCGCUGCUGUCCCACAAGCGCGGCCUGAGCCACCGAGUGAGGGUAGAAACGACAGGACGGCCCCCGGAGCACCCGACUCAGACGGUGGUGCAGAAAAUCGUCAAGGUGGCGGAAGAAGAGGCGGCAGACUUCUUGGCCAUCUUGUACGACGAAUCCAGGGGCUCGUACCGCACGGUGGCCACUGGCUGCCUCAGAGAAACUCGUUGUGGUCUGAUCGCGAUUCACUGA